GCCGCCCGCCGCCCCUUCCCGCCGGCCGCCGCAGUGGUCGCGCGUGUGUGCGCGGCGCGUGCCCCCGCCCCGCCCCGCUCCCCUCCCGGAUCCCUUCCCCGGGCUCCCCGCCCGCUCUCGCAAGCCCCCGCCACCAGCUCCCCAGCGCCAUGGCCGACGAGCUCGACUUCACCACGGGCGAUGCCGGCGCCUCCUUCACCUACCCCAUGCAGUGCUCGGCGCUGCGGAAGAACGGCUUCGUGGUGCUCAAGGGCCGCCCCUGCAAGAUCGUGGAGAUGUCCACCUCCAAGACGGGCAAACACGGCCACGCCAAGGUCCACUUGGUUGGUAUUGAUAUCUUCACUGGCAAAAAAUAUGAAGAUAUUUGCCCAUCGACUCAUAACAUGGAUGUUCCAAAUAUCAAGAGGAAUGAUUACCAGCUGAUAGGUAUUCAGGAUGGAUAUCUCUCCCUGCUGACGGAAAGCGGUGAAGUUCGUGAGGAUCUCAAGUUGCCAGAAGGGGAGCUUGGCAAAGAAAUAGAAGGAAAAUUCAAUGCCAACGAAGAUGUGCAGAUAUCUGUCAUAAGUGCAAUGAAUGAAGAAUGUGCUGUAGCCAUAAAGCCUUGCAAAUAAAGAGGAUCGUCAGGCUCGGGCAACUGCUCAGCCUCUUGCAGGUUUUUCUAAUCCACAAUGUACCCAGAAAUGGUGCACGGUCUGUAGUUUCACAAUACAGGUAAUUUUUGCAUAAUCUAUAAAGAAGUCAAAUUGUUGACAGUUCAGACUCUAUGGUUACUGCAGGUCAGUCUCAGAAUUCAAAGGUCAAUAAAUCCCACUCUUUUGUUUUGUUUUUCUUUUUUUUUUGGGUUUUUUUUGGUUGAGUAAUUUAGAAUGUAGUUUGUUACUGUAGAACUAAACUUCAGGAAAACGAGAACAACAAAAAAACAAAGAGCUUGUUAAAGGAUAUUCCGAGUAUCUCGCUUACACACCGAGAAGGUCAGGGAAGGUGUGGAUCCUGGAGGUGGGGUGUUCAGCUGAGCAGCACGGUACGCCGAGGUGGAGGGGAGUCUCUCCAGUAUCCAUCUGCAGCCUGACCCUACAGUAUUUGGCAUCUGAGAGUAAUUUGGUCUGUGAACUUAACACUGAAAUGUUUGCUUCAUGUUAUCGCUGUAUCGCGGGAACCCCUAUCGCCCUGUCCUGUAUGUUUUAAAGCAUAACUGUUGUUGGGUGCAGCUUUCAAAAUGCAGGGGGGAGAGGAAUGAUGGCCACGACUCAUUUGUACUGAUCCUAGCAAAAAAAAACCCAACCAAACCCUGUAAAUGGUGUGACGGGGGAGGGACGGGCCAGUCUGUAUCUUGCUUUGGAAGCUGUAUUGUUUUCGACACCGCGCAAACGGCCGGGGGAAAGAUGUGUAUGGUGGUGGGUUUUUUGCUCCAAAAAAGGAAAAUAAAAGAUGUCGAUGCUGUGGGGA